UUUAACACUGGAGAAGCAAAUUAUGUGACAGCCUGACAAUGUCGCUUCUCCUUGCCAGAGUGCAGCGGUUGGGAUGCCGCACGAAUUGUAGAGGCCUUGCACCGUGUGUGCGCUUGACAACUUCUUCGUCUCAGGGCCAGUCUUCUACCGCAUGGCCUCAGGAGCCGCCUUUGCUGGUACGAGCAAGCUUAGUUGGUGCGAGCACAGCUAUGAUGACUCCUUUGUUUCCUGUGAUUGGCCUGAACUACUUGGUCUUUCGUCAUGUUCCAGCAGAUGUGAGAAUGGCAUGGCUUGGUGGAACCUCAAUGGUGUCCUACUCGAUCAUGACGCUUGUCCCGCAAGCCUUCUACUAUGCCCCCAUCCUCCUGCCGUUUGCUGUGGGAAACGGCAUGGUGGCAGGUUCACUGUACCUGGUGGCGGACCUUGCGGCUGGCGGACCCAAGGCGCUGGCGCAGCAUCAUUUCUUCUUCAAGCAGGUGCCACUCUUCGGCCCUGUGCUGGGUGCAACCACUGCCAACCUCGUACCAUACACCUAUCCCUCCUGCUGGGGCUUCGUGUUCCCAUGGAACAACGAAUUCAAUGAUUUGACGCUGCAGUCGAUUUUCAACGUCUGCAGCCAUCCAUUCGUAUCUUCCUGCCUCACCUUCACAGGUCUAGCGGCAGGCCUGGUCAUCCACAAAAUGUUGGAACCUGUGAUCUUGGGUGUUCCUGGGUGGUCCUGGCCUUCUUUGGCUGGCUCAGUCCUAGCCGUUGCUAGCUUCGGCUUAAUUGCUUUGUAUUCAGCAACGUUUCGAACCACGGUGCCACACCUGGAAGAUGCUGACCUAGACAACCCCAAACUCAAAGGCUGGCUUUGGGCCUCAAAAGUGAAUUGCUUGGUUUCUCCAGAAGAACUCUGUUGGGUACCUGGUUUGGACCAUAGGACUGGCAGUGUGUGCAGUGUACAGCUCGAGCCAAGUGACCUGAGGGAAGAAGGUUUCACCUUCAAGCGAAAAGGACAGCCAGUGCAAGGCCUGCAAAGGUUCAGAAAGAGCCGCAGACUGCUGGAGCGGGCCAAAAAAGAGACAGCCAGGUGCUUUUUGAACCAGUUCGAAGCCUUUUGGGAUGGCAUGUACAAAAACUCACUCCAAACGCAAGACUUUCAACGACUUGAAGCAGCGCUACAGGUUCCUAGAGUGGUGGAAGAUGCAUUGGUGCUGUGUUUGACUGGAAGAUUCCAGCAAGAUUUGACCAAGUCCCUGGAGGAGCUUCACCCACUUCUUUCUCUCAAAGAUUUGCCCAAGAAGCGUCCAAAAGAUCUGGCUUUGGAACUUCAAACGCUUCGAGCUGCACAGUUCCGAGAGCUGCAGCGGUUGGCCAGUGGCGAAGCAGGGCCCUUCAGGGCAGAAGCGAUUCGAAAGAGCCUGGAAGCGGCAAAGAUUAGCCCUGACCGCGUUCAGAAAUAUCUUGAGGAUAUGGAAUGGAAGUUCACGGACUCUGGUGUACAGCGAAGGAUAGACUUGAGACAUUUGGAACGGUGGAAACAUGACCAGGCAGCCGAGCUACUGACCAAGCGUCUUUCAUAUGGCUUGGCAGUCGUAGUCGUUGUACUGGGUGGCUAUGCUGCAGCUGUGUGGCAGAAGUGAAGACAGAAAGGAUGCCAAAGUGCCUCCAAUGCCACGAUGUGUAGGUUUCCAAAGUGUGAGAUUUGCCUGGUACAUAGCAUCCCAGCAUGCUAGGAUUUGCAGAGCACUGGUGUGCUGCGAUUUGGAGACGAGAAG